AUGGGAAAAUCAUUACUCGAAGUCGCCUGGCUGGAUUCGUUGAAUGUGGACACACGUGGAAUAAUAACGGGCCAGACAUUGGCAGAAGAUCAGCCUGGUCCAUCAGUAACACGACAACGAGUGGAACGUAAUUUUCCAGCUCCAGUAAAACAACGACGUACUGACAAAGACGAAAACUGUUCUAAUGUCCCUGACGAAGACUAUGACGAUGACACAGACGACUCUGACUGCAUGCAUGAUGCAGAAAACGGCAAUAAUAACAGUAACAACGGCAGAGACAAUAAUGCGAGAAAUCACGACGACGACGACGACGACGACGACGAAAAUCAUAAUGACGGCAACCCUGAAUACAGUGACGAGGAAAACCAGAACAGCGAUCACAACGACUCUAACAUAAUUAGUAACGAGAUCCGUAAAGUUGAGCUUGUACAUGGAAGCGGGAUUUCCAUUUCCGAACUCAGCCUGUUGGACGUACGACAACGCUAUAAGAAUGAUCCAAAGGAAAUGACGAGACGAAUUUAG